CGUCGAGCCGUCGCUCUGCAGUCAUCACACCGUCAGUCAGUCUCUCAGACGUAGAGACGACUGGUUUGCGUGAAUCAGUUGAGGGGAUAUGUCAGACGAAUUGGUGGCGAUUGGUUUGCCCACCGAUUUGGCCCAACACUAUGAACAGUACAAAGACUGUCACGACUCCGAAGUUGACACCAAUUUGUUCGACUUGGAUGUGCUGGACAUCGAUGUCGAUGAGGCCCAGGACUUCAAUGACUACUCCAUGUAUGAGAACAGGACGGGUCUCGCGGAAGACAUGAAAUUCUUGGCCUCAAUGCCUGAACUCUGCGACAUCACCUUCCUCGUCGGCGAGACCCGGGAGCCUGUGUGUGCUGUGAAGGCUGUAUUGGCGGCGCGGAGCAGAGUGUUUCAUAAAUUACUUUAUGGCCAAAAGCAGCACCAAAUCCCCGGCACCGGUAGUACAGGGAGUGGUAACGCAAAGGAAACGAUAGCCAAGAAGAAAGAAUCGCCAAAAGACACGAAAUUAAAACUAUUUCUCAAACGAUCGUCAGAACCCAUCUUAAAUGGAUUGCCUUUUAAUCAACAACAGCCUUCCGUGCAAACCCAUCAGACUAUGAUUAUCGAGGAGUUCGAGCCCGACGUCUUUCGGCAACUCAUUGAAUACAUACACACCGGAUGUGUGACACUCCAGGCCAGGACUUUAUUA